CAGCAGUCAGUCAGCGCUGGUCCAUCAGGGAGACACACAAAGGCUCUAGCUUCAACCAUAGCCACCAUGGAUCCGUCCUGCCAAGGUGUGGGGGACACUGAGGCCUCCGCCCCUCUCCACCCUCACCAGGGCGAGGCUCCAUCCUGCUGGCGACUCUACUUCAGGCCCAUCCUGGCCAUCGGUGUGGGCGCGCUGCUGUUUGGGUCCGGCACCGCCCUGUCCCUGCUCUACUUCACCCAGACGGCCGGCGUCCCCUACCUGCUGGGCCCCCUCCUCCUCUCUGUGGGUCUCAUGUUCCUGGUCACUGGCCUGGUCUGGAUCCCCGUGCUCAAACAGAGCCAGAGUCAGCCAUGGGAAGGAACCGCAGGGGGGGCUCCAGCAGCACUGAUGGGAAACUAACAGGACCACCGGCUUUAGAAGCACCAAACAGGGCACACCGUGGACAGUAUGGACAUUGUGUGAGUGUGUGACCCACAGCAGGGACUGAAGGUCAGGACAUCUGAGCCUGAAUCUGUAAAACUGUUUUCUGUUUGCUGGGCCAAUCAGUGGAAGCCAUCGCUCAGAUUUUUGAAUUUCAUACUAGGAUGUAUUUAUCAUUUAUCAAGGAAACUUUUCUGUUAUAUUCUUUGAGUAUUCUUUCUACCACCAUAUACAGCUCCGGAAAAAUGAAGAGACCACUUCAGCAUUACUUGUUUUACUAUUAAUAGGUAUGUCUUUGAGUUAAAACAAUUUUUCUUAUUGUGUUCUAUAAACUACUGACAACAUUUCUCUGUGUUGGAAUUCAACAGACACUGGAAUGGCUGCCAUACAUGUAGAGAUAAAGAUUUAAGAACAAUGUUGAGUGGUCUCUUCAUUUUUCCUGGAGCUGUAUGUCUCUGUCCUGUAUCUGUGUGUCCCCCGCAGUAAAUGUGUUUUGUGUGCUCAGAAAAACAGUAACAGUGAACAAGUAAUCAAAAUGUUAUAUAUUGAGUAUAAAACAUAGUGUAAUAAGUCUUUAAAGAAACCGUUGAUAGAUGCUACAUGCCAAUGGGCUGAAACAUGUAGCAUCUUGGGGCUGAGUUCAGAUCUUUGUCUUAACAAAGGAUUUCAUGUUAAAGCUGGGACUCUAAAGGCAUUAUUAUUUGUUAUAACCACUUUGUGAUUUAUUGCUAGUCCAGACUUUUCUUCUCCUGUUUUGUUCUUCCUCUAUUUAACUUGAAUAAAUGAGUUUCCUCCCACUUUAAAAUGGUACAUCAACUACUACUGCUGGUGUUUUUAUUAUACGAACUGAAAAGAGCAUUAAAUAAAAAACAAAUCCAUGAAAACUUUGAG